AGAAGAAGAAGAAGCCCGUCGAUGGUUGAGGUCAGGUGACUGUUGUAAUGCGUAUAGAUCUUUUGACGGGAGUAAUGUUUUUAUGGAAAUGUUGGUAAAUAUGGACCAUUGGAGACGGUUAUGUCCUUUGACGGAUCUUUUCCGCCCGAAAUUCGUUGUCCUGGUUCUGUUCUACUUAGUUUGGGCCGCAGGAGAUCCUGUGACGACGCCACAGCCGAUCGACGUUGUGAUCGACCAAUCAAGUGUGAACUGGACCUCAACAGCGAGUGACGUGACGUUUACAGUCGAGUCUCACGACUUUGAGUCGGGUUGGACGCCCAUAGAGACGUGCAGAGAGAUGCGCUUCACUUCCUGUGAUUUGAGUUGGGAGGAAAGCAGCAGCAGCUGCAUUCGGCAUCGUGUUACAGCUUGGAGAAACGGGAUUGAGUCUGAGCCUGUUGAGGCCUGCAGCAGAGAUGGCCAUCCGUGCUCUCCGAACUUCACUCUGACCGCAGCGCCUGAAUCCCUCACAGUCAACCUGAAGAGAAACCACAAUCUGCAUGAGGAGCAUGCAGACAAAUUGAAACAUYKGAUCUACUUUUGGAAAAAAGGAGAGCAACCGAAGAAUGAGAAAGUCACCUUGUCCUCAGUGUUAAUCGAUGGCCUGGAAGUUGGCGAGACGUACUGUGUGACGGUGCAGUUUGCUUUUCAUUUGAAGRAAUACGGUCCAGCCAGCUGUAUGCAGUGUGAAACCAUCCCUAGCUCCAGUGGAUCAAAACAGACGCAGAUCAUCGUCAUCUGCAUCGUCCUUUUGGGKAUCGUUCUUUUAGUUGUUUUUGCAUACGUCCACCUCUUCAAAUCCAAGAAAAUCAAAGAGAUCCUUCAACCUCCGUACAUGAUCCCAAUGACGUUCAAAGAGCCGCUUCCGCAGCACAACUACCAGCCUGUGGCCGUGAGUCCCUCAGAGGAACGUUACGACGCUGUUUCCGUUAUAAUUCCAUAUGAGUCCAGAGGAGUCUGACCUUCGCUUCCUGCUGGGACUAAAAACUUUACAGAUUUAAUCUGUAAAUCUUCUCCUUUCAUGGAGGAGCGCUCCUAACUUGGUCCUGGCAGGUGAAACUGUUGAGGUCUGGAAAAUGGAGGAGGUUCUGUUACAAACAGGCCUUAACCAGCAGCUGUUUGCACUUUUCAAUGUUGAUAUUUCUGUUAAAUACUGAAGAUUAGCUGGACUGCKGCUUCCCCAGGUUCAUCAGCACUYGUUCAGACGGACCAAAUUUGGGUAGAGGAGCCAGAAACUGUACCCUUUUUUCUAAAAAGUUGCUCAAAUAAAUGUGACUAGUUACCACCCACCUGUGAUCCCAACAGAAAUCCUCACCAGUUAAAGUCCAGACAUCCCAGUAAGAAUCUAAUCAAAUCCCUGGUUUUUAUAUUUAUAAAAUUGAGUUAUUUUUUYCUCUGAAUGUCCCAAAGUGAGUCGGACUGGACUGCUKCUUUGUUUUUACGCGGUGGUUUUAAUGUUUUUGACUCAUAGCUGUGAACGCUAACAGAGCAAUCACUGAAACGUCCUSAARAGGAUCCAUGAAUCUCUCCACUUUCRCCGAUUUUCCUGCUUCCUGUUAUGGAGUUUAAAGCUGCAUGCUUUUAAUUUGAAAGGCAGCGACCCGGAAGUAGGGCACUCUCGGGACGUUCGACCUUCUUUUGUGUCUUUAUUUUACCAGAACGUUUCCUACAGUCUGAACAAAAAGGGAAUUAUCMUCUGUCCCAGUGAUUCUGUGUUCCUGGAAAAUGGGGGRGUCGCUUAUUGUUUAUUCUUCCGGAGUCUUAGCAGCCUGAUAACUUCCUCUUCCAGUGGACUAAAAUGGCGGUUGCUGGGAUGAAGUGGAUUGGAUCCUCACGUGCCAUCCUAUCCUGCCAAAGUUGGAUUYAACAAUGGAAAACCUGGAUUCAGAUCCAGCAGCCAGAAUGUGUUGAACUGUUUUCUCCACUGGAUCAGUAACGUUUGUACAAAUCUGUGUUUAUCUUUGUGAUUUUAUUUUAUUUUUUGCUCAGGACUUUAUCUUUCUGCCUCAUCGUGGUGCCUAACAGACUGAAACGAGUCAAAUAAACCUGUAUUCUUGUCUGCAACUGAACCCAGGAUCUYUACGUUUCACUUYAUGGUUUCUUUUGGUUUAAACUUGUCAGUAGAAAAAUAAAUAAAAUGUAGGGUAAAAAAUCAA